CUAUUAAAAAUCUCAAAUUAUUAGAUAAACAAUUAAAGUUUAAUAAAAUAAGUUCUAUGCUGAACGAGGGAGUAAGUUUGUACCGUGUAAUGGAUCAUAACAAACGAGAGAUAAACAAGAUCACCAAUAUUUAAAACAAAGGAAACUUACCCCAGCGCUUUCAGAAGAUGACAUUCCGAAUAUUACUGUGCCUCCUUUUUUGUGCCUUUAUUUCUCCACUUAUAAGAUGUGAGAAAUACCCCGAGGAUGCGGAGUCCGCGCUACCAAUUUUCCAAAAAUGGAAAAGCGAGCACAACAAGAUAUACAGAAAUCACAUGAUAGAGCGCAGCAAGUUCAAGGUGUUCUUGGAAAAUCUGAAGGUCAUCAACGAACUGAAUGGCCAGUUCCAAGGUAAGACGACUUUUGGUUUAAACCACUUGGCAGAUCUCAGUCAGAAAGAAUUCUCUCGCAUAGUUUUAAUGCCAAAGAGAAGCGCACCUGUCUUUGAGAAGGAAAGAUAUGUCAGAAGUUCACUAUCGGGAUCUCUUCCCGAUUCAUUUGAUUGGACAAACCAGAGCAAGGUGACAGCUGUCAAAGAUCAAGGCGCUGCUGGGUCAUGCUGGGCUUUUAGCGCCAUCGGGAAUAUAGAGGGACAAUGGGCGAUGAUGGGCAAACCUUUGACCAAUUUCUCAGUGGAACAGAUUGUCGACUGUGAUGGAAUGGAGGAUGUUGCCAAGGGAGAGGCAGACUGUGGCGUGUUUGGAGGCUGGCCGUUUCUGGCUUAUCAAUACAUCAUGAGAGCCGGUGGUCUAGAGACAUGGGAAGACUACUGGUACUGUUCCGGUCUAGGUGGCGCUCCGGGCACCUGUGAGGUAUGCCCCGCCCCCGGAUACAACACGACGCUCUGCGGUCCGCCCAUACCUUACUGUAACAUGUCCCAGAGUUGCGUGACCAAGCUUGACGUCAGCAAAUUCCACCCCGGACUGAAGGUGAUGUCGUGGAAGGCAAUUGACCAGAACGAGACAUCGAUCGCCGAACAGCUGAUCAAGCUCGGCCCCCUGUCUGUGGCGCUGAACGCCGAGCUUUUACAGUUCUAUCACCACGGAGUCUUUGAUCCGCCCUCAUUCGUUUGUGAUCCAAAGAAUUUAGAUCAUGCUGUGUUGCUGGUUGGAUAUGGAUCGGAAAAAUCUAUAUUUGGAACAAAAGACUACUGGAAGAUCAAAAACUCAUGGGGUCCAAAAUGGGGCGAGAAUGGGUACUUCCGAAUGCUCCGCGGGCAAGGAAAAUGUGGAAUCAACACAGCAGUGACCUCCGCUGUACUAGCCCGGAUUUAGGGUGAUCACGUGGCCAUUGGCCAGGAAUGACCCAGAAACCGAACAACGAAGUCAAUCAUCAUCAUGAUUGCCUAGAUCAUGUUUGCUUUGCUAAUGUGUUCUUUUUUGUAUUCACUUAAGGCUAACUUUUCAUAAUUAAGGACACUGUAAUAAUUUUGUUUCAUGUGCACAUUUUUAGUAAAGUUUGAUAAGCAUGUUGGGGGACAAUAAUGAUGUCCCUCAUUACAGGCUUGCAAGUGCUAUAAGUGUGUUUACAUUGUUUUAUAACUAUUGAAUUAUGACUUGUGGGUGUUAUCAUACUAUUGGCAGAAGUAUUACUAGAUUGUUUUGUUUUCAACUGCGUGCAAAAAUUAAUUAUCAUGAAAUUAUAUUUUCACUAAUUUGUUUAUAAAUUAAAGCAGAUCAGAAAUAUAUUACCUAUUUGCCAUCAGAAUAUUCAUUUAAUAAACUGUUACGUUUUCACA